GCCACGUCGGUUGGGAGGAGGACUGUCUUUUGGGCAAUCUCACCUUUCUGACCAUGGAGAAUGCAAAAGGCAAGGAGGGGAGCUCCACAGAGAAGCCUGCCGAAGAGUGUAUCACUCUCAGCUUUGAGCCAGUGCCAGAACCUGAACUACCGUGGCCUACGAAUGAACCAAGCACGUCGUCAACUGUACAAAAGUGUGCGUCUCAAGUGACUCAACGAAAAAGAAUUAAAAAAGAAAAAGAGAGUUCGCAAAGCGAUGACAACUUGAAACCCCGAAAGAAGAUUCCGAUUCCUCCAUUACCAUCAAAACUGCCGCCCGUUCACCUGGUUCACCGAGACAUCCUGCGGGCAUGGUGCCAUCAAUUAAAGCUGAGCACCAAAGGCCAGAAACUAGAUGCAUAUAAGCGACUGUGUGAAUAUCGUUUCCCAAGUCAAAAUCAGAAUUUUCCUGCCACAGCAAAGGAAGCCAAGAUCCAGACACGGCUAAAAAAAUCAAAUGUGGUCAAAUCAAAUCUAGAUGGUUUGCAGAAAAUGAAUAUGUGUCCUGAAGGGACUAAGCCUCCUGAAGCAGCUCCUUCCUCUGCAGAAGGGGCCCCUGCCUUUGAAUCCGUUCUCCAGCAGGACAUCAAUGCGGUUGACAAUACGGUAAUACAGGUGACAAGCUCCACUAGUGAGGCUGUGCUGGCCUCCUGGUCAAGAAUUGCAGGCAAAGCUGGGAAGGUGGAGGUGGAAGAAUCACCACAAGAGACUUAUGCUGUCAGGUGGUGUGUGGUACAUGGGCGAAGUCUCCCUGCAAACAGAAGUGGCUGGGUUCGGUUGCAGUUUCAUGCUGGACAAGCCUGGGUCCCUGAGGAACCAGGAAGAGUGAGUGCUCUCUUCUUGAUACCUGCCAGCAGUUUUCCACCUCCACAUAUGGAAGACAACCUGCUGUGUCCCAAAUGUGUCCAGAGGAACCGGGUGUUGAAGGAAAGUCUCCAAAGUGAGUAGAUGACCUGGGAAAAGGAUGCUUCCAAGAUUGCAAUUAACAAUUGACAUCAUAUCCCUUUGGACUUCCAUCCACGCCACUCCCCCACGCCCCACCCGUGUUCCUGCUCACGGUGGGCACAGACUGCCGGGGGUAGGUGUCACCCUUUGCAAUCUGGACAGUGAAGCCAACCCCAGUUUUGCUUGCUGCUUCCUGAGUUGAGAUACAGAAGACAUUGAUGUUUAAAAUUGUUACAACUUUACAAAUUACCCUAUGUCCCAGCUAAUAAAAACAUAAAUAGU